GAUAAUGAAGGAAGUGACGAAUCCGCAAGGACUAGGAGAGAGAGAAAAAAACUCCAGAGGAGAAAAACAGAAACUAAGAUUGAAGUCAGCGUGAAGCGCAGUGUAGUGAAUGAACGCGAGCGUCAGUAGCACGAGUCGGCAAGAGCUCACGAAUCAAAGUUCCCUCAGUGAGAGGCGCGAAACGAGUGCAAACACCAGAUUGAUCCGUGUGUGACGCGACUCUCUUAAAUAUUUAUUUGCCAAACGUGAAAAGUCUCUAGACCUGUUUUUAAAGGACUUUAUGAAUUCAUUUGUAUAUCCAGCUUCCAAAAAAUAUGGAUGAAGUUGUGAAAGUGGAGCGGCCGUGAUGUUUUGAGGAGAUAGCGGAGUCUAUCUGAAGUCUUGUGGAAUGAGUCGAACCGCAUCAGCGACUGUAAUUCCUGUGGAUUCUCCUUCUGAGCCCGGAGUUUGACUUUUAGGAUUAUCUGGCAUGUUUGCGAGGUGGAUUUCACCGGGUUCAGUUCGGUUUACUGUGUUGGUUUUGCUGCUCACUGUGACAGUAACUCUCGGGUCUGCUUCUGAGCUGAAGGUGAAGGUUCGUUUGGCCGAUGGACAGAUUACAGAUGAACUUCUGGAGGCGGACAGUGAAAAAGACUCCAUCACUGUGGAGUUUAAACAAGGAGAUGGGACUCUUAUAACUUUUGUGGCCGAUUUCAAACAGGAUGUGAAGAUCUUCCGGGCGCUGAUCCUGGGGGAACUGGAGAGAGGGCAGAGCCAAUACCAGGCGCUCUGCUUCAUCACACGGCUCAACCACAAUGAGAUCAUCCCCAGCGAGUCCAUGGCCAGACUGCGACAGAAAAAUCCCCAGGCCAUCCGCACAGCGGAAGAGAAGAGAAGCACGGAGAUGCUGAGCAUGAACGUAGCGGUCAAUUUGACACGGACGUGGCAACUGAGUGCCCACAUCCACAACAUGUGCAGCGUGGCCCGGGAGGCCGUGUACACGCGCGAGGCUGAUGUCAGACACUGGCUGGACAGAGGCGCCGAGGGUUCCAUGUUCGAGCCUCAAGCAGUGGAGGUGCCAGGUCUGCAGAGCUGCGGGACAGUGAAGGACCUGUGGCAGCCUUGCUCCUGUAGCUACAACCUCAGACUGGAAUGGUACCCCUGCCUGCUGAAGUACUGUCGCAACAGGGACGUCUCCGGCAGGGGCAGCCCAUAUAAAUGUGGCAUCAAAAGCUGCAGCAAAGGCUACCAAUUUACUUACUACGUACCGCACAAACAGCUGUGCCUGUGGGAGGAAGAGACCUAGAAACACGCAUGCUUCUACAAAAACAUAUUUAAUGUGACCUUCACCACAGAUUUUGUUAACCUCCGAGCCUUCAGACUCGUGCCUACUGCACAGAGCAGUUUAACAAAGAAGUUAUGCUGGAUGGGUGUGGAUGGAGUGUGAUUUGAGCAGCCCUAGUGCUCUAAUUUUGUUUUUCCAAGAGCAGUUGGCCACAUCUUUGAGCUGUCGACUGUGCAUUUAAGCUGGUCAGUAGUUUUAAAGCUCUUCCUGCUCUUACCAGCACUGUGGAAUUAGUAUUUUUUGAGUCUUGACAUGCAGACCCAAGUGAGCAACCUGUGAAUUAGUCAGUGUAUAACAGGAUGUAAUCUUAAAAUUAGCUGGAUCUCGUCAGGUUGCCAAUUUUUUUCUUUUUUUUCUUAAGCUGGUAUUAUUUAUUUCGCAGUGGGAAAUGACUGAAGACACUUAAGCACAGCGCACAUGUUCAGAGAAAAUUUCUCUUUUUAAAGUUUUUUUUUUUUUUU